AUGCUAUGUACAACAUUCCGGGAUAUCGAAACAACUCCCCAACACGUGACAGAUCUGGCGUUUAAAGGGCCUGAGCGCGAUCUAAACGCCACAGCCGAUACUUUCACUUCUGCCCAAUCUCAUCAUCCCGUGAUCUCCGCUCUGCCAAUCCGGUUAAGAAAUCCACCGGUUCUCGGCCCAAGUCCUGUAUAUCUCAAGGGAGCCAUGGAAAGCAGUGAUGCGGAGAGGUACGAAGAACUGUAUGUUCACAAUGUCUACCAAGAAAUCGCAGACCACUUCUCCUCCACAAGAUAUAAGCCUUGGCCAAUUGUCGAACGUUUUUUAAAAGAACAACCUCCCGGCUCGAUCGGACUCGACAUUGGCUGCGGCAAUGGCAAAUACCUACCAGUAAACUCCAACGUUUUCAUUGUGGCGUCAGAUAGAUCCGAAGCCUUGGCGCGAAUUUCCAGCAGGCAUUAUCCGCACUCUGUGAUUGUCGCUGACAAUCUGAAUUUGCCGCAUCCGGAUGGUUUCUUCGACUUCGCCAUCUCCAUUGCGGUGGUUCAUCACCUAUCAACUCCUGAACGCAGGGUUAAAGCUGUCCAGUCUAUCCUACAGACACUCAGACCAUCUCGCAAUGGGCAAGAAGGUGGCAAAGCGUUAAUAUAUGUCUGGGCGCUAGAACAGAAAACCAGUAGAAGGGGGUGGGAUGCUGGAGAUGACCAGGACGUCAUGGUCCCAUGGGUGCGACAGAAGAAAAGCGUGGAUGCUCAAUCUGAGGAGUCAACCAAGACUUUCCACCGCUACUAUCAUUUAUAUCAAUCGCAGGAGCUGGAGAGGGACAUUGUCGCAGCCGGUGGCGAUGUGUUGGAUCACGGCUAUGAAAAGGACAACUGGUGGGCAAUCGCAAGCUUAAAACCGCUGGAUUGA